AUGACACAGAGGACGAAGGAUGCAGGGGCAUUGGCAAGAUUCUCACAAUGGUGCCGGGACGGCAAGUUAACUGUCAAUCCUGGCAAGAUGGAUGGAGUGCCUCUUUCUGCAAACGGAAACUUCAAGUACUUAGGGGAAUGGUUGGACUCCAAGUUGACCUUCCAGGAACACAUAAGAUCAAGGACCAGUUCGGCUUUUGGAGCUCUGAGGGCGUGCCGGAGAGCGGUGGGAGACACUUGUUUCCUGGGGCCAAAGAUCAUGGCAGUGGCAUGGUGGUCGGGGCCCAAAAGAGCAGCAGCAAGAAUACUUCUUGAUAAACUGCAGAGAUUGACAUGCCUCUGCAUAACGGGCGCGAUGAAGAUGGCUCCCACGAGGACCCUAGAGGCUCUGGUAGGUGUGCCCUCUUUGGCGGAUCGGGUGCGGGUGGAGGCGGUCAGGACGGCUGUAAGGCUGGCCAGCUGCGGGCUCUGGAGAGACAGAACCUUUAAACGGGACCCGUACAACAUUUUAGAGGGCUGGCGCGGGGAUCGCGGUGUCAUGGACAUGUCGAGUGACGUCAUGAUCCCUGAGAUAAUCUUCUUUGACAAAUGGACCUUUCGCUUUCCAUUAAGGGAAGAGUGGAGAAAGGGCAGAAUUGGCUCCUGGGAUGGGCUUGUCUGGCACAUGGACAGGUCCACAAUGGGAGAUUUGGCCGGAGCGGAAAUUUUCGCUAUAUUAAUGGCUGCCAGAGAGGUGGUUCGGCUCAACCACGGUAGCACGGGAGUAUUCUUCUGCUCUGACGGUAGGGCUACACUUAUUUCGCUAAAGUCAGUACGCACACGCUCCUUGUUGAUAAAGGAGUGCCAAAUGGUAUUGAGGAAAGUGACCGACGUGAGGAAUGUCACGUUGGUCUGGUUCCCAGGUUACACUGGGAUUCGGGACAAUAAGGCAGCGGACGCCUUAGCCAGGGAGGGCUCUUCGCCCAGACAUAAGGGACCAGAGCCCCGCUUAGUGAUCGCACCGUGCGUGAGGCGGGGAGCUUUCGAAGCCUGGGUGAGAGAACGGGCCGUGGUGGGCUGGAGGGUUGCUCCGGGAAUGAGGCAGUGCGGUCUGAGGGCACAACGGUUCCAUCUGGUGGAACAAGUGCUUAAUACCACCGCCACAAAUUAA